CGUAUGUGAGCAGAGAGGUGAGAGGCAAUUAAUUACUUAAAAUAAGGCAAAAAUGAAGAAGAGUUCAGCGGCUCUCGUGUUGGUAGUUGCAGCCUUGGCGUUCUUGGCUGCUGCGCGCUCCGCUGCCCGUUCUGAUCUCACUCGUCUCGUAGCUGCAGCCGGAAAAAUCGAAGAUCAGAUGGAAGUGGUGGGGAGCUUGACGGAGCUGGGGAAAACCACACUGACGCUUGAGUGCUGCGACUCGUGCGACAGGAGAGUUCCGAAGUUUGCGAGGUGCGCGUGCGAGGACAUAGUUCGGGCUUGCCACCCGGCCUGCAGGAAGUGCGUGCCGCUUCUGGGUACGAUUCCGACCGAAUAUUUCGUUUGUGACGACAUGAGCUACAAGGCUUGCCACCGCAAAUGCCAUGAUGAGCCUGCAGCCCUCCAAUCUGUUAUUAACUGAUCGCUGGGAUCUAUCUAUAUAUAUAUAUCUAUCUAUGCCGUUGAUGCUAGCUCCCUGUAUGCAUAUUUAAAUAAGAGAGAUUAAUGAAAACUAUAUAUCAUGAGGUUGGGGAGAGUUAAUUUCUUAA